GGCGUGCACACGAUAACGGAGCGUUAUUGAUUUUAAUUUAAAAAUAAUAAAGUGAAAUAUUAAAAAUUAAUUAUAAACAAUCGUUCGGGUGGAAUUUUGAUUUACGUCAACGACAUUUUUUGUCAUUCGUUCGUUCGAUAAGAAUUCAAAAUGAAAGUUUUAGAACUAUUCAGUGGAAUUGGAGGCAUGCAUUAUGCAUUGACAGAAAGUGGAGUAGAUGGAAAAGUUAUUAGAUCAAUAGAUAUUAACACUGUAGCUAAUACAGUUUACAAUCAUAAUUUUCGAAAAACGACAAAUCUUAACAGAAAUAUUCAGUACUUAACUGUAAAACAAAUCAUGGAUUGGGAUAUUGAUUGUAUACUCAUGAGUCCACCUUGCCAACCUUUCUGCAGAGUAGGAUUAAAAAAAGAUUCUUCCGAUAAUAGAUGUGCUCCAUUGCUACAUCUUUUGGAAAUCAUUCCAGAAAUUGCAACUUUGAAGUAUAUUUUAAUUGAGAAUGUAAAGGGUUUCGAAAGCUCUCAAGCUCGAGAAGAAGUUAUAUCUUGUUUAGUUAAAUCAAAUUUCAAUUACAAAGAGCUUAUUCUUAGUCCGUGUCAGUUUGGUAUACCCAAUUCUAGACACAGAUACUAUUGUUUAGCCAAAAGAAAAGAUUUGAACUUUGUAUUUAAAGAUUCUGAAUUGUUAACACAGUUACCGGAGGAAAUUAUGACUAUACUAGCUCAGAAGAAUAAAUUAUCAUUAAAUGGUGAUAAGGAGUUAAAUCCUGUGGCAUUUAAAGAUUGUUAUAAAUUAAAAAAUAUAUUAGAAACAGAAGUUGAUGAUACAUACUUAGUGCCUAAAAGGCACGUAGUUAAAAGAGGUAAAGUUUUUGACAUAAGAAAUCCAGAAUCAACUGGAAGCUGUUGUUUUACAAAGGCAUAUAGUCAUUAUAUGGAAGGAACUGGUUCUGUUUUAUCUCCAUUCACAGAUGAAGAAGUUAAAAACAAAUUCACUGAGGCAUCUAAUGCAGAAUCUGAAGAAAAACAAGUAGAAAUAUUGAAAAGUAUAAGUAUUAGAUUUUUUACACCGAGAGAAGUUGCUAGACUCAUGUGUUUUCCAGAAAAUUUUACUUUUCCUGACAGAACAACACUAAAGCAAAAGUAUAGGUUGUUAGGUAAUUCGAUAAAUGUAUUUGUAGUUAGUCAACUAAUUUAUUUGUUAAACUAUGAAAAUACUUUGGAAAAAUAA